AUGAGCGCAGAAAGGGGUGAAGAAGACACUGCUAAGAGUAAAUCUUUGGACGAUCAAUUGACGGAGCUAGAAUCAAUCCCGAAUCGAAAUGCAGCUGCGGAGAAAAGGUUUCAAUUGAUCGCUGCAAACUUACCCGCUGCGCUGCUGAACAAAAGGAUCUGGGACGAGAAGCGGCAAAACUGCCUAAAUGUGUCAUUCGCAAAGUGCUCCGCGCCGAUGAAGAUCCUUAAUGCCUGCAAAGCAGUGAAAAUCGACCCUGCCAAGCUGAGCGAUCUUUACGGAAGGACGUUGCUCCACGUUGCCGCGCGCGUACCCGACCUGGCCGCUGCGGACGAGCUGCUAAAACUAGGCGCCGAUGUUAAUUAG